UCACCCCCGCGGAAAAACCCAAGUCAUAAAGCAGCAAAAAAGUGGUCACAAGAAUUCACGGAAAAAUACCCUCACCAACCCUAAUCUCUUCAUUCUUACUCCAUUUUUUCUAAUAUGUGAGCUUUAUCAAGCUCUAAUCACCACCAGAUGAGUUUUCCAAAAUCGCUUCCUGCUUGCCUAAUAAAAACCCUUUUUCUUUUCCAUUUAGAUUAUUUCUGCCUAACAACCAUGUAAAAAGAUCUUGUCCUGAAGGAAUAGUUUUUGUAUAGAUCUGUGUGGCUCUGGUUCAUUGGAGGGUUCUUUCUGGGAAUGCUGAGUUUUCAUGAUAUGUGUUUGUUUUGCGUUUAGAUUGAUGUGUACUUGUGAUAGUUCUUUUGUUUGGGACCUUUUUUCCCCUUGUUUUUGUCAGGAUUUGAAGCUGUAGGUUUGAAACUGUGUGCAAAUGUUUCUUUGUUAGCGGCUGUUCUUGGAAUAUAUUGUUGUGAUAUAAAGAUUGCUUUUGUCGGGGUUUUAGUAGAAAAGCUUUUAGCAUGUUUUCUGGGCGCUAGCAGCUUGAUUACCGGGUGUUAAACUGUACCUUAAAAGAGUAUUUUCUGUGUUUCUUUUUUUUUUUUUUUUUGGGCGAGAUGGGUUUGAUGAUACUUCAUCAAAGUUUGGUUUUUAGGCUUUAGCUUUGCAGGGUUAUGGGAUUUUAUUUUUAUUGAUUGCUGUUGGUAGAAAGAUAUUUGGUUUUUGGAGCUUAUUUUCCCAUUGGUUAAUUAUGUCAUUCAAGAGUAUAAUUCAGGAUAUGAAGGGUGAAUUUGGGAGCAUAUCUAGGAAGGGUUUCGAAGGGAGGUUUGGUUAUGGGAUGAGGUCGAGGUCUCAUCGUGUAGUUGAGGACUGUCGGGUGACUGUUGUGGAUGCUCUGAGGCAGAGUUGCUGGGCAAAUAUGCCAUCAGAGCUCUUGAGGGAUGUGCUUAUGAGGAUUGAGGAAUCUGAGUGUUCGUGGCCCCAAAGAAAGAAUGUGGUUGCUUGUGCUGGUGUUUGUAGAAGCUGGAGAGAAAUCAUGAAGGAAAUAGUAAGAAACUUGGAGGUCUCUGGAAAGAUGACAUUCCCCAUUUCACUGAAGCAGCCUGGUCCAAGAGACACCCUAAUUCAGUGCUUCAUUAAGCGGAACCGUGGCAAUCAAACAUAUCACCUUUACCUCAAUUUGAGCCAAGCUUCGAAUGAUGAUGGGAAAUUCCUUCUUGCCGCUCGAAGAUGUAGACGGCCAACUUAUACUGACUACAUAAUAUCUCUUAAUGCUGAUGAUGUAUCAAAGGGCAGCAACAACUACAUUGGGAAGUUGAGAUCUAAUUUCUUGGGAACCAAGUUCACAAUCUAUGAUGCUCAGCCCCCUAAUGCUGGAGCUAAAGUUACUAAGUCUCGUUCGACGAGGAUAGUUGGAAUGAGACAAGUCUCUCCCAAGGUCCCUGCAGGCAACUAUCCUGUGGCGCACAUUUCAUAUGAAUUGAACGUCUUGGGUUCAAGGGGACCAAGACGGAUGCAGUGCAUCAUGGAUACUAUACCCACUUCUGCAAUUGAACCGGAAGGCGUGGCUCCCACACAAACUGAAUUCCUGCCUGGCAACUUCGAUUCAUUUCCUUCACUCCCAUUUUUCAGGUCAAAAUCGACUCGCACAGAUAGUUUCCGAUCUGGACCUCUGUUGACACCGAAAGAUGAAAUGCUAGUUUUGAAAAACAAGGCUCCUAGAUGGCACGAGCAACUACAAUGCUGGUGUCUCAACUUUAACGGACGUGUAACAGUCGCUUCAGUCAAGAACUUUCAGCUAGUUGCCUCUCUUGAAAAUGAAGCUGGUGGACAAGAGCAGGAGAAUGUCAUUCUCCAAUUUGGGAAAGUCGGGAAAGACAUCUUCACCAUGGACUAUCAGUAUCCGAUCUCUGCUUUCCAAGCAUUCGCCAUUUGUCUUAGCAGCUUUGACACCAAAAUUGCAUGUGAAUGACAUCAGGUAUUGGAAGGCGCUCAGCAGAACCCGAGCCCAAAAUCACGUGUAGAGUUGAUAACAAACUAAAGAACUGCAUCACUCCCUGCUGCCUGGCUGGACUAGCCAACUCAUUUUUAGCUGUGCUUUUUGGUUUGUGUUUUAAAUUUACUGUACAUACACAUUCUGUAGCAGUUGGCAUGAGCCAAACUCUUGGAAGCCGUAUGUGGCUUCAGUGACGUCUUCUUCUCACGCAUUCCCAAGGUCUCCAGAGGGUAGUUCCUGCAAUCUGUUUGCAGUCCUGUAUCCAUGUGUGUGUGGAAUCUUGUUCCAACUGAUCUCACAUAAUGCAUGCGUGAUAGCAGCAGAAAUUUUACAUGUAACCUGGCUAUUAAUCGACUAAGGAAAAGCUUGAUUUGUUCUGUCUCCA